UGGCAAUGUCUGGCAACUCUUCCUAGAGCCUCCAUCGCCAGUCCUGCUGGAUCUCGGAGACAGAGGGCUCUUAUUAUAGGACUUCUUUCCCCCCUACGUUCUUUCCUGCCGUAAGUGCUACUCAAUUCCCGAUUCCGAGCGCUCGUGUGCCUGAUAAUAAUAUCCGAGGGGAAUUGACGUUCCUGGAUGUUUUCAUUGGCCAUUGAACCUACACCACCGCAGCCAUUGCUUGUUUUUGUUUCCCCUUUGCUUCUGUAACUAGAUCAGUAAUUCUACGGGCUGAUGCUGACCAAUUCUAGGUACAAUAAAUUGCAGCUCGUCUAUGAAUAAUAUUUAAAUAGAAUUUCUUCUAAAAAAAGUCAAGAUGGCCAUGGGCUCUGCCGCUCUAGCGUUGCGAUCCGCGGGCGCUGCUUCAAGGACCCAGACAUUUUCAGCAGUUCGCUGGGCUCAACGACCAUCCCUCCUUAAAAGCCGGAUCGCGGUCCAACCGUGGGGCAGCAAUCUGAGGAAUGCGUCUUCUGAGUCGACGACUUCAGCUGCUACGGAAGCCGUGAAAGUGGCUCCUAAGAAAGCGCCUGGUGGGCUCAAAAAGGCUGCGAUUGGCACUUCUUUGGCCCUCGUUCUUCUUGCCGGCGUCGUAUACGUGACGGAUACCAGGGCGAGUUUCCAUCGAUAUGUCUCCGUUCCUUUGGUCAGGAUCCUUUAUCCAGACGCGGAGGAUGCCCAUCAUCUUGCUGUGGAUGGCCUGAAGACUCUGUACAAAUUCGGGCUUAAUCCUCGGGAGCGAGGUGACCAAGAUGGCGACUGUCUUCUGGUGACUGAGGUCUUCGGACAAACUGUCGCGAACCCAAUCGGAAUUGCUGCCGGACUUGACAAAGAUGCUGAAAUCCCCGACCCGUUGUUCGAAAUUGGUUCUGCAAUCGUCGAAGUCGGAGGUAUAACCCCCUUGCCACAAGAAGGAAACCCCAAACCACGCGUAUUCCGAGUCCCUUCUCAAGAGGCCUUGAUCAAUCGGUAUGGUCUCAAUUCCAAAGGUGCGGACCAUGUGGCUGCCGUGUUAAAACAACGAGUCCGUGACUUCGCCUAUGCCAAGGGCUUCGGCUGGCACGACCUGGCAGAAAAGCGUGUCUUGGAUGGUGAAGCCGGUGUCCCUCCGGGAAGUCUGUUACCUGGAAAGCUCCUUGCUGUCCAAGUCGCAAAGAACAAAGCCACUCCUGAUUCCGAUAUCGAAGCCAUCAAGCGUGAUUAUGUCUACUGCGUUGAUCGUCUGGCCAAGUAUGCUGAUAUUCUCGUCGUAAAUGUUUCGAGUCCCAACACCGCUGGUCUACGCGAUCUUCAAGCUUCGGCGCCUCUCACUGCCAUCUUGAAGGCCGUCGUGGGUGCAGCAAACCGCGCAGACCGUAAAACGAAGCCAGCAGUGAUGGUCAAAGUCAGCCCGGACGAGGACUCCGACGAGCAAAUCACGGGUAUCUGCGAAGCCGUCUGGAAGUCCGGUGUUGAUGGUGUAAUUGUCGGCAAUACGACCAAGAGUCGCCCGGGUCCUGAUCCUAAGGGAUACGCCCUUACAUCCAAAGAACAGGAAACGAUGAAGGAGAUGGGAGGCUACUCGGGCCCUCGGCUCUUCGAUCAUACUGUCUCCCUUAUAGCCAGGUACAGGGCCCUUCUUAACGCUCCCCCGAUCACGGAAAAGCCUGAGAUGACGACCCCUGAGCAAAAUUCCGGAGAUAUCCAGCCUGCUGAACAAGAACUUGCGGUAGAGAAGCCUUCUCCGAAGGUUAUCUUUGCUUGUGGUGGCAUUACCAACGGGAAGCAGGCUCUUGCGGCACUCAAUGCCGGUGCGUCGGCUGCGAUGCUGUAUACCGGUAUCGUGUACGGUGGUGUUGGGAUUGUCACUCGAAUCAAGAAGGAAAUGCGUGAGCUUAAGCGACAGUCCGAAUGAACUUAUAUGGAAGAGGUUUAUGGAGGAGUAUAGAUGAUCUGUAUAUAUUCUGUUGAGGUCGAAAUAAACGUCCAGAAAUAUCAUAUAAAGUCGCAUAGUAUACAUCCAUUUUG